UUCCAGCAUCAGCAGACUCAUGGACUCAGACGUUUUAAAUCGGUGAACAUGGCUGUGAUAAUGUGAAGACGUGUUGUUGUACUGUAUAUGUGAGACUGGUUUUGUUCAUCAUUUUAGAUUUAUGUUACAACUGCAGCAGCAACAGUUUUACGGUUUGAACAGCACAGGUUAAGACAAAAUAUUAGAAGCUAUUGUGCAAAAUACAAAAUGUAGGUGAAAUGAUUUGGUGUGAAGUAUUUCCUUCCUUAACCUCCUGACUGUGUUUAAAGAAUUUCUGUUUGGUUCCAUCAUGGCGGAGGGAAACCACAGCUCCACAGUGACUGAAUUCUUCCUAACAGGUUUCCCUGGACUUCAUCUGGAGUACUACGGUCUCGUCUCCUUUGUUCUCUUCCUGGUCUAUUCUUUAACGUUAAUCGGCAAUGCAACGUCAUUUUUCUUGUUCUUGAGCGACCGUCGCCUCCACAAGCCCAUGUAUUAUAUCAUUCUGAACCUCAGUGCGUGUGACAUUCUCUUUAGCACCACCACUUUGCCCAAGAUCAUCAGUAAGUACUGGUUUCACUCAGGAACCAUUUCCUUUGACGGCUGCUUUGUUCAGAUGUUCUUUGUUCACUACCUGGGGUCGGUGAACUCCUUUAUACUUUUCCUCAUGGCCUUGGAUCGGUACCUGGCCAUCUGCCAUCCGCUCCGACAUCCUCACUUCUUCAAACCCUCCACUGUUCUCAUCCUCAGUGUUACUGCCUGGACUCUGGCCACCCUCAGUGCACUGUUGAUGGUUAUCAGAGCAUACCCUCUCCCUUACUGUGCGUCAAAUGUAAUCAAUCACUGCUACUGUGAUCAUGUUGGUAUAACCCUGCUGGCGUGCACUGACAGGACACCGUAUGCCGUCCCUGCGUUCAUCGCUGCCAUGAUUGUGCUUCUCGGACCUUUGGCCUUCAUCGUCUUCUCAUACAUCUCCAUAAUCACAGCUGUGCUGAAAAUCGCAGACUUACAGGGUCGCCUGAAAACUCUGUCCACCUGCAGCGCCCAGCUGAUCAUCAUCUCUCUCUACUACCUACCCAGAUGUUUUGUUUAUUUAGCAAAUGUCUCUGGUAUCCAAUUCAGCCCAGAUUUGCGAAUAGUGAUUAAUAUGUUGUACAGCCUCUCCCCCCCGAUGGUCAAUCCACUUAUCUAUUAUUUAAGAGCCAAAGAUGUGAGAGAAAGUUUCCACCGGCUGUUGGUCAGAAACUCCAUUUCACAAAAGUUUCAAAUUUCAGCUGUUACCAACUGA